CUCUCCCACCUGCUGCCGCCGGGCGUCCCUGGGAGUUGUAGUUCCUGCCUCCCCUGAGAAAAGUUGCGGAGCCCGGCGCCUAGAGGGCCAAGGGAACUACAACUUCCGGCAAGCCCCGUGCCCAUCCGCCUUCCCUUUGGGAGGAGGGAAAGGGGAGUCGAAGCCGUCGGGACUACACAUCCCAGAACACCAUGGGCCCCAGGCCCGUAAGGAAGACAUGAUAUCAUGCUGGGGUGGAGAGGGAGGAUGCAUUGGCGGCUGGGAUGAAUUUGAGCUGACGGAAGGAGGCGUUCGGAGAGGAAAGGGAGGAAAAGGAAGGGCGACCACAGUUCCCAUGAUGCCUGGAGGGGAGACUACAUUUCCCAUUAUUGCCCUGGAAGGGACGUGAGGAUGAAAGACUGCAAGUCCCGCGAUGCUCUCGGCUGGCAGGUGGCGGAGAUUGCACCGGAAGACGCUUACUGGGUUUGAGGAGUUCAGUGACUGCUAUUGAACCACCAAAAGUCCAUUAUGAAACUGUAUUGCCUGUCAGGGCACCCAACCUUACCAUGCAAUGUGCUCAAAUUCAAAUCAACCACCAUUAUGUUGGACUGCGGACUGGACAUGACUUCUACCCUCAAUUUCCUUCCUUUGCCACUUGUUCAAAGUCCCAGGCUGUCCAAUCUUCCUGGCUGGUCCCUGAAGGAUGGAAAUGCUUUCUUGGACAAGGAGCUAAAGGAGUGCUCGGGUCAUGUAUUUGUGGAUUCUGUGCCGGAAUUCUGUUUACCAGAGACGGAGCUAAUAGAUCUGUCUACAGUAGAUGUGAUUCUCAUCUCUAACUAUCACUGUAUGAUGGCGCUGCCAUACAUCACCGAGCACACAGGCUUCACAGGCACAGUGUAUGCCACGGAACCCACUGUCCAGAUCGGCAGGCUUCUCAUGGAAGAGCUGGUGAAUUUCAUUGAAAGAGUGCCAAAGGCUCAGUCUGCCUCCUUGUGGAAGAAUAAGGACAUUCAGAGGCUGCUACCUUCUCCUCUCAAGGAUGCAGUGGAAGUCUCAACCUGGAGAAGAUGCUAUACAAUGCAAGAGGUGAACUCUGCCCUUAGUAAAAUCCAGCUGGUGGGAUAUUCUCAGAAAAUUGAGCUUUUUGGUGCAGUCCAGGUGACUCCUCUGAGCUCUGGCUAUGCCCUUGGGAGCUCCAACUGGAUCAUCCAGUCUCAUUACGAGAAAGUGUCUUAUGUCUCUGGAUCCUCCUUGCUUACCACACACCCCCAGCCCAUGGACCAAGCUUCUCUCAAAAACAGCGAUGUUCUUGUUCUGACAGGGCUUACCCAGAUCCCCACUGCAAACCCAGAUGGAAUGGUGGGAGAGUUCUGCAGCAACCUAGCUCUGACAGUCCGGAAUGGAGGAAACGUGUUGGUUCCCUGCUACCCUUCUGGAGUGAUCUAUGACCUCCUGGAGUGCCUAUAUCAGUACAUCGACUCAGCCGGGCUCUCCAGCGUCCCCCUCUACUUCAUCUCCCCUGUGGCCAACAGUUCACUGGAGUUUUCCCAGAUCUUUGCUGAGUGGCUUUGUCACAACAAACAGAGUAAGGUGUAUCUUCCAGAACCACCUUUUCCUCAUGCAGAGCUCAUUCAGACCAAUAAGCUGAAGCACUACCCCAGCAUCCACGGAGACUUCAGCAACGACUUCAGACAGCCCUGUGUGGUGUUCACCGGCCACCCUUCCCUCCGCUUCGGGGACGUGGUCCACUUCAUGGAGCUCUGGGGAAAAUCUAGUCUCAAUACCGUCAUAUUCACGGAACCAGACUUCUCCUACCUGGAAGCCCUGGCUCCUUACCAGCCGCUGGCCAUGAAAUGCAUCUACUGCCCCAUCGACACCCGGCUGAACUUCAUCCAGGUGUCAAAGCUGCUUAAAGAAGUGCAGCCCCUGCACGUGGUGUGUCCUGAGCAGUACACUCAGCCGCCCCCUGCCCAGUCCCACAGGAUGGACCUCAUGAUCGACUGCCAGCCCCCCGCUAUGUCCUAUCGGCGGGCUGAGGUUCUCGCCCUGCCCUUCAAACGUCGGUACGAGAAGAUCGAGAUCAUGCCAGAGCUCGCAGAUUCACUGGUGCCCAUGGAGAUCAAGCCUGGCAUCUCCUUGGCAACUGUCUCGGCCGUGCUGCACACCAAAGAUAACAAGCACUUGCUUCAGCCCCCUCCUCGGCCUGCCCAGCCCACGAGCGGGAAGAAGAGAAAGCGGGUGAGCGAUGACGUACCAGACUGCAAAGUCCUGAAGCCUUUGUUGAGCGGUUCCAUCCCUGUGGAGCAGUUCGUGCAGACCCUGGAGAAGGUGAGCUGGUUUCGCUGCUGCCGUGAAAACUCCACACGUGGCAGCCUUUCCCUGGCUCACUAUGGCCCCCUGGCUGCAGGGAGUGGAUGUUGCUGCUUGUCACUUAGGCCCCACUGUCCUGUGGCAUCUGCUUGGUCUAAGGUCCUGCUGGGAGACCCAGGAGAAAGAAAGCAGAGUGAGGAGUGCCCCAUCCUUCCUCCCAGCACGAGGUCACCAGAAGGCCUCUCCUGACUGAAGAAAAAGCUGCUUCCACACACACAUGUGACGAGUGGGGCAGGGUAGUGAGGCCAGGACAAAGAGGGACCCGGCCCUGCCAGAGUCUUGCGCUUCCACAGAUGACUCCUUGCUGUCAGAGGGGAGCCAAGUCUCCAGUCGACUGUCAGGAUUUGCAGCAGGCAGUGGGGGAAGGGGACACUGGCCCUUCCCCUCUGUCUCAGCAGCCCUGAUGGCUGCUUCUCCCAGAGAUGAGAUUUCUUGACUAUGAUUAAAAAAAAAAAAAAUCUAACCUUAAAGGUUGUAAUUUUGGCUUCAGUCACAGGACUUCAGAGAUGACUUUAUUAGGAUUAUAGAAUCUUUGAUAGGAAGAAGGAAUUGGCUAAAGGUAAUACUGUUCAUGCUGCUGCUUGCAAGAACUGCAACAAAUUACAAUCAUUACAAGGAAGGAGAUUUCUACGAACUUUCUAUCCAAUGUAAAUAUCACAAUUGCCGACUUUCAAAUCUUAAAGGCUUUCCCUUUCCUAGGAUUGGUUUUCUCCACCUGUCUUUGAUUUUCCCGUAGGGAAAAGGCUCUGGCUGGGUGGUUGCGGCUCUCUUCCACCCUCCCCGAAGACCUUGCAGGGCUCCUGGGCCCUAUCGAUGGGCCUCAAGCUGGACUUUUAAAAACUUAAGAUGAGGACCUUCUGCCUGGCCCAGCCUAUGUCCUGACCCAGUGUUCCACCCCGGCUCCUCUCUGCAGAAGGAGCAAGCACCUGUCCAAGUCCCUAGGGGAGCCUGCAGCCAUGAAGUACAGGUGGCCUCCCCACACCGAGGCCCUUCACCUGCUGUGUGUCUGUUUCAGGCAUAUGCCUCCUUUCCAUGUCACGUCUGAUUUGUAAGGAAUUUCUGUCCUUAGCAUUAGCAAUAGCUGAGAAGUUUGCACUGCUUUCUUCUCUCCUUCACUCUUGAGAGGGCUCUGCCAAGUCCCACAGGGGUAUCUUGGUGUCACCUGGCAUUUUCCUGGGAGCUCGGACAGCUGAAACUUAGGAGGGAGCUGUCACCAGGGAAUGGCAUGGUGCAAGCAGCUGAGCGUCCCAGACUCCUGAAAACAGUGCUUGGACGUGCCCUCAAAGAACUCACAAAAGCUUAGGCAGGUUGUGGAAAUUCUGUUGUUUUGCAUGAGAUUUUGCAUGUUUAGGGUCUCUUUUCAAGUAUAUGAAACUAUCACUAUCAUAGGCCUAUGAGUAGUCUGAAGAAUUGUGUUGAGACGUGUCAGUUUCUAGAAAGUUCGGUCAAGUCUGUGAAGUGUCGUUUACAGAUCUCACAGCUGUGCAGUCUGCCCACCCCACCUCUUUCUUUUCUUCUGGAGCAGCAUGGCUUCAGUGAUAUUAAGGUGGAGGACACAGCCAAGGGCCAUAUCGUCCUGCUCCAGGAAGCUGAGACGCUCAUCCAGAUUGAAGAAGACUCGACCCAUAUCAUCUGCGACAAUGACGAGAUGCUCAGAGUGCGACUGCGGGACCUUGUCCUCAAAUUCUUACAGAAGUUCUGAGUGGGCCAUCUGAGCCACUUCCCUGAAAUCCUGCAGUCCCUCACUGGCUGCCCUCACAAGCCACCUGAGGAGUGGCAUGAGAGGCCAUUAACCGUGUCUUUGUGGUGUCCUCUGGCUUAAGGAGUGAAGAGGUGGCUCUUGAGGGAAAUGGUCUGGACUUAUUCCCAGCACUGUUUCAGGCAAGAACUUUCCCUUUCAACUUCAGGCUCAUUUUCUUCUCAACUCUGGCUCUCUCAAGGAGCUGGAGGGUGGCAGAAGUGGGACAGGAGAAGUUUUCCAAGAGGUUCAUGGGAGCCAGGGAGGCGGAGGUGACUGGCUGGCUGUCUUGCAUCAGUCCCAGGCCUCGGGCAGGGGAGCCAGCCUUUGGUUUCGUUUACUUGCCUACAGUGCUGUACCCAAUAAGAUGAUCCCAAAAUAUGGUAAAGUGAACCCAUCUGUCUGCAUUUUCUACUCUGAGCCCAUUUGUUAAUAAAAACUUAUUUUUAUAUAA